AUGGCACAACGAGGGGGGUCUAGCAGAGGACAGGAUUCAGCAGGCGCAGCACUGAGUGUGCCUGGCCAAUCGAACCCACAGCAAGCCAUGGACACUGACAUGAGCAACUCGACAAACCGGGCUGACAGCAUUGGACGUGGAUCAAAACGGAGCUUCGGCGGGCGCAAGAGAGACGCCAGUAGUGGCAGUAAGCGAUCAGGACGAGGCGAUGGGGCGGUCAACAACGAGAAGGCACUGCCUGCACAGCCAGCAGGACGAGCGGCAGCCAAUCCCUCUCAGCCACCAGCUGCGAAGAAGAAGAGAGGCUUUCUCGCGCUCCUAUGCUGUUCUUCAGAUGAUCAAGACACGGAGAUGCAAGAAACUGCCCAGGCCGCUAAACCUGUAGCACGAACGCAGCCUGCGAAAGUCUCCUCCACCCAGCCGGCCCAGCAAACGAAUGUAAGCGCACCUGGAACGAGCGCGACUGAGUCGAAGGAGAUCAUAGACGAGAAAGCCGGACUACCUUCGCAAUCAGCAGUAAACCCGGUCAUAGCUGCUGCUGCCGAGCCAGAAAAUCAAGCGGCACAUGACGAGUUCAGCAAUCCAGUGGCACACAGUUCAACUGCUGGCGUAGCUGCUGUUCCCUUUACCCCACCAAUGCAUAAUUCCAUAGACACACAACAGCCAGUGAUUGCGGCGGCACCGAUAACCAGCCCAAACCAUCUGGAUCCUGUGAGGACGGCAGGAAAUGAGACGACUCCUCAAGUUCAAGUGCAGGCUCCAACCCCUGUGGUACCCCAAUCAGAAGCGGAGAACGUCAUAUCUGAUCAGACUCCGAUCCAGCGGGCACGAGAUGAGGACCUUGAAAUGCGAGACGAUGGAGUGCAUGUGCCGCUCGCUCCACAAGAGGCAGCGGGCAUUGCCGCGGGAGCUAUGGUUGUAGGUGGUGGAGGCGUGGCGGCCGCCGAGGAGAUACGGCGCCACAGCGAGGGCAAAGACUCUGCGCACGAGCAGAUACCGGCUACGCUACCCCCACCCCCUACUGGACCGCCACCACAGAACAAUGUGCCAAACUCUCAAGUGGAGAAGGACUACGAUGGGGCAGUGCAAAGUCAUCAAGAUGCGAAUGCGCCCGAAGACAACAGGAAGUGGCUGCUACCGCCUCUUCGGCCUGAAUUGAAGGACAGAAAGUGUUUGGUGCUUGAUUUGGAUGAGACGCUGGUGCACAGCAGCUUUAAGAUCCUCCACCAAGCCGACUUCACGAUUCCCGUCGAGAUCGAAGGCCAAUACCACAAUGUCUACGUCAUCAAGCGACCAGGCGUGGACCAAUUCUUGAAGAGCGUCGGCGAACUGUACGAAGUUGUGGUGUUCACAGCAUCCGUUUCAAAAUACGGUGAUCCAUUACUGGACCAGCUCGACAUACACCAUGUCGUUCAUCAUCGCCUAUUCCGCGAGAGCUGUUACAAUCACCAAGGGAAUUACGUCAAGGACCUUAGCAUGAUGGGACGUGAUCUUCGAGAGACGAUCAUCAUCGACAACUCGCCGACCAGCUACAUCUUCCACCCACAGCAUGCCGUUCCGAUCAGCAGCUGGUUCAGUGAUGCGCACGACAACGAGCUGCUGGACCUGAUACCAGUACUCAGAGAUCUGGCUCAUUCGAACGUCACAGACGUGAGCCUGGUGCUGGAUGUCGCAUUAUAG